GGGAAAAAUGGCGGAUUCCCUUGAAAAUGAAUCUGUCGCUGCGCUUUUAAGUAUGAAAAGCCAAGCUAGACAUAUACCUACCACUCCAGCACCUGUUCCUGCACGCAGAGAUUGCUCGCCUAGAAUUCGCAAGCGAAACAGGCUUAUAUAUAAUGACCAUGAAGAUACUUCAUAUACCUUGUCCAGAUCAUCACCUAGGAAAACAGUCCGUGUUGCUUCACCUACGCCUACUGUGGUCUCUCAACCUAUGCCGGAUAAACGUGUCGCGCAAAAAGUUGGCCUCAAACUUCGAAAUCUGCUCAAGCUACCUAAAGCUCAUAGAUUCUUAUGCUGCGAAUGGUUUUACUCGAAUAUCGAUCAGCCCCUUUUCCUCAAAGAUAGCGACUUCCAUAGUUGCUUGCAGGAGCACUUUUCAAGCUUGAAAACAACCAAAUUGACUCGAGUAGAGUGGUGCAAAAUUAGAAGGUUCCUUGGCAAACCUCGGAGAUGCUCUCCAGAAUUUUUCGCGGAGGAGAGGAAAUCUCUUGAGAAUAAAAGAAAUAAGAUCCGUCAACUUCAACUACGAAAAAAUGUAGAUUUAGAGCACUUCAAAGAUCUUCCAUCAGAAAUUCCUCUCCCACUCGUAAUCGGAACAAAAGCGACUGCACGAGUUCGCAGCCCACAAGAUGGCCUUUUUUAUGGAUCUAUAGAUGCUGUUGAUACAUCUAACUCUACCUAUCGAAUCACUUUUGAUCGUCCUGGUUUGGGAACUUUCUCGAUUCCUGAUUAUGAAGUUCUGAGCAAUGAUCCUCCUGAAAUGAUGCCAAUAUCAGCAUUUGCUCAAAAAUAUCGUCCAAGAAGUUUGUACUUUGGAUCCCCACGCUUGGUACCACUAUCACCUUGGCCAUCUAAUGACAAUGAUUCAAUGAUGGGUGAGUCAUCGUCCAAAAAUGAGCUUUCUUUUGUGGAAGAUGGCACUUUGGGUGGCUUUCCAAAGAAAUUCCUUGCUCUGCUUGUGAGGCUUACAAAAAUUCUUGCUGUGAAGAAGAAAAAUUUGUCUCUUCUAAAAGAGAUGCAUACUGAAGCAGAGCGAAAUCUUUCUCACGGUCAGCCGAUGACUUUUGAGUUUCAGAAAUCUUACGCAUCUUUAGUACUUGAAUUUGAAAAACUGGACAAAGAUCUCUGUGAGUAUCUGAACAAAGUUCAAACGUAUUGUCAAGAAAUUGCACCAGAGCAAGGACUUCAACCUGUAUUGCAACCAGGUACAAUCAAAGAUCAAUGUCUAAAGGAAGCAUUGGAUUAUAUUGAUCAAAAAGGUGAAGAAGAGGAAUUAGUUGUAAAAAGUCCAAAUAUAGUGAUGCUUGUAGCACAGCUGACAUCACUAAUGUCGCAGCUUAAACAUUUAUCUACUAGUGAAUAUAACUCUUUUGAGUUCAAAUCUUUAUCUGAUACUUUAGUUGAAAUUCAAUCUAAGAUAAAAAGGCAGAAUAUUCCAACAUUUAAGAAUGAAGUCGAAAUUCAUAUCAAUCACAUCCGAGAUGGCAUCAGUCAGAUGGGUAGUUUACAUGCAUUUUCAGCACAAAACAUGUGAAACAUGUUGGUAAAUUAUUUUAUUAUAUAUACAUAUAUAAGUAGUUUCUAUUUUGACUUCUGAAGUUUGAUAUACUUCAGGUUGUAUAUUUUUUCAUGAAUUGUAACAAACUUUUAUCAGUUUCAUGUGGGAGGGGGAAAAAAAUUCUUUACCACAUCUUCAUUAUUCCAUAACACAAAUGUAAAUAUUUAAUUUGGAAAUAUUGUAAAAAUAUUUAUUGCUAUGUGUAGUUAUAAACUAUAUUUUAUUGUAUUAUAGUUGAGAAGUAUUGUACAAAUAUUAUUCUGCUUAGAAUUUUAAAAUUUGGCUUAUUGUAAGUGGAUUGUUUUCUUUUUCU